GCGCCGUUUCUGCGUGUGCGCACGCGCCGCCGGAGCCGCCGCCAUCCCCCGUCGCCUCCGCGCACUCCGCGUUUCUACCGUCUCUCCCUAGAGCUUUGCCGUUGGAGGCGGUUGCUGAGGCACCGUAGGCCCCGCGCGGCAGCAGUAUGGAGGAGUUUAAGUCCGAGGAUUUCUCCGUCUCGAAGGAGGACGAGGACUACGCGCCGUCGGGUGGAGAAUGUCAUGAAGAUGCUGUAAAUGAAUUAGUGAAGGAAGGUGAAAUGGGUGCUGAAGAGGAGACACAGAAAACCAAAGGGACAAAAAGAAAGGCUGAGAGCGUUCUGGCCAGGAAGAGAAAACACAGUGGCCUCUCACCGCAACACAAGGACGAGGAGGAUGCCAACAGGGAAUCUGGAGGGAGUAUUAGUGAGAAGGAAGAUGUAGCUGCAGAGCAGGAAAAAGGUGCCGAGUCAGAGGAUGCCAGGGAAGAGGAGGUGGAGGAAAUGUUGGCCAGCUCCGUCAGUGACCUAGAACCAAAAUCAGAAGUGCCUCCGAGUACACAAGUUAAAACAGGAGAGGAGAAUAAAGAGAUGGCUUCAAGUAAAGUGGUCAAAGCAGAAGAACAAGAGAAACCUAAAGAACCAGAAGAAGUUAAAGUCACCAAGGUGUUGGAUAUUGCUGGUGAAAAAGUCAGGUUUCUCAGGAGACAGGGAAGGCCUGGUAUGUCCCCGGAACAUGAGCCCCCCAGAUCAGAAGGUGGCCAACAUGCCACUGGGGAAGAGCAGAGGUCAGUUACUAAUACUUCCGGUAAGAAUGAAUCAACUAAGCGAAAGUGGAAACGACGUUCACAUGUGGUCGUGACUGGUGAAGAAAGCAAACUCCGAUGCUGUAAAGAAGAAUACUGCAUAGGAACCUGGAAUGUUAGAUCUAUGAAUCCAGGUAAAUUGGAUGUGGUGAAGCAGGAGAUGGAAAGAAUAAACAUCGAUAUCUUAGGAAUCAGUGAACUAAAAUGGACGGGAAUGGGCGAAUUGAAUUCAGAUGACCAUUAUAUCUAUUACUGUGGGCAACAGUCUCUUAGAAGAAAUGGAGUAGCUAUCAUAGUUAACAAAAGAGUCCGAAAUGCAGUGAUCGGGUGCAAUCUGAAAAAUGACAGAAUGAUUUCAGUUCGUUUCCAGGGCAAACCAUUCAACCUCACAGUAAUCCAAGUCUAUGCCCCAACUCCCUAUGCUCCAGAACCUGAAGUUUACCGGUUCUAUGAAGACCUACAACACCUCUUGGAAAUAACACCAAAAAUAGAUGUCCUUUUCAUCAUAGGGGAUUGGAAUGCAAAAGUAGGAAGUCAGGAGAUACCCAGAAUAACAGGAAAAUUUGGCCUCGGGGUACAGAAUGAAGCAGGGCGAAGGCUAAUAGAGUUUUGUUACCAGAACAGGCUGGUCAUAGCAAACACCCUUUUCCAACAACACAAGAGACGACUCUACACAUGGACAUCACCAGAUGGUCGAUACCGAGAUCAGAUUGAUUAUAUUAUUUGUCGCCAAAGAUGGAGAAGCUCUGUACAGUCAGCAAAAACAAGACCUGGAGCUGACUGUGGCUCAGAUCAUAAGCUCCUUAUUGCAAAGUUCAGGCUUAAGUUGAAGAUAAUACCAAAAACGACUCGGCCAUUCAGGGGGACCAAUGAAGUGGGUGAGACCUCUCAAGAAGCAAAAUCUGUGUUCAAGCAAACUGAAAAGGGCAAACCUCAGGCUAAUGUCCCUUCAAAUGUGUCAUCAGUUCCUGGUGGAUCAGGGGUUUCUAAGGAAGUAGGUGAAACAUCUCAAGAAGGGAAAUCCAUCUUCAAGCAAAAUGAGAAAGAAGAACCUCAGUCCAGUGUCCCUUCAGUGGUGCCAUCCCUUCCUGCCGGGUCAGGGGUGUCUAAGGAAGUGGGUGAAACUUCUCAAGAAGGGAAAUCCAUCUUCAAGCAAAAUGAGAAAGAAGAACCUCAGUCCAGUGUCCCUUCAGCGGUGCCAUCACUUCCUGCUGGGUCAGGGCCUGAAAACUGUGACCUUCAAAAGAACCAGGACUGCAGCAAUUAAGUAUCUGACUUUAUCCUUAACCACCUGAACUGAGAAGACUCUUGAGAGUGCUUGGAGUGCAAGGAGAUCAAACCAGUUAAUCCAAAAGGAAAUCAGCUGAAUAUUCGUUGCAAGAACUGUUGCUGAAGUGAAGCUCCAAUACUUUGGCCAUGUGAUUUGAAAAGAUGACUCAUUGGAAAAGACUGAGAUACUGGGAAGAAUUGAAGGCAAUAGAAGAAUGUGCCGGCAGAUGAUGAGAUAGUUAGAUAGCAUCAUCAACUCAAUACACAUGACUUUGAGCAAACAUCAGGAGAUACAGUGGGAGGACAGAGGAGCCUGGUGUGCUUCAGUCCAUGGGGUCGCAAAAAGUUGUAAAAUGUGUUUUUGUAUUUCCUUUAGGUUCAGCUUACUAGUUUAUAGUAACAUUCUCUUCCAAAAUCUGAUUAAACACUGCUUACUUCUUGAGUCUUAUUAAUUUAGCUUUUGGGACUAUAUGUUAACAUGAAAAACUUCUGUAUUUCACACUGGGAUAGAAAACUGGUAACAGUUUGUGGGGGGAAAAAAGGUAUCAUUUCAGUAGUAGGUCCAAUGAGGAGAGGCUCUAAGGUUGGCUCAGUAUUCUGUGACAUCCUAAAUCUGUUUCUGCUCUGCCACUUUCAGCAAAUUGAAUGGUCCAAUUUGGUUGCUUAUCCCACAGUUACAAGGAAACAGCUUCAGUUCCAGGCAAUGCAGAUAGACAGUGUCUGGCAGGAUACUACCCUUUCAAUUCUUUUUUUUUUUUUUUUUCUUGUUUUAGGUAUACUGUAAAUGCAGAAAUCUUAUAUGAUAAAAUUUUACUCAUGUGAGGUGGUAGCACUUUGAUCAAGAUACAGAAUGUCUCUAGCACCCCAGUAGGAUACAGAGUUCAGCCAGAAGCCUCAGUAUUGUUUCCCAAUAGGAUCUUUUUCAUUUCUAAAAAGGUGAUGACCCAAGAUUGGACAGGGCACAGAGAGUAUGGUGGAUGAGAUGGUAAAGGGUUGAGUUUGGUAGGAAGGACUCCAUAAAUUAUUGCCAAGACAACAGGGUAAUAGUGAACCAGGAAACUUAAUAGGGGGUUGGGAUUUGUAUUUUUCCCAACUGGAGACAUUUGUCUAAAGGGAUUCCUCAGUUUCAGGCUAUUUCUGCUUGGUGGGAUUAUGUGCCCUGUGUUGGCAGAUUCUCUGGUUUCUGAAAGGAAGUUGGGAAUCUAGAUUACUGGGAAACACUCAACUUUUAAAUGCUUAUAUUAUUGAGUAUUCCCACCACCACAAACAACAGUAGGAACAGCAGGAACCAGUUUCAGUCUGUAAGGUCACCACAUAUAUUCAAUUAGUGGAAAUACAGGGUUGGGUACCUGUGGGACUCCGGACUUACUAUAUUUGUCAACUGAUCAGUACGUAAUCCUGUUUUAUGUGUGUUUGUGUUGAAAGAUGCUGUAUUUAAUCUUUGUAGCAAAUAAUGAUAAGCAGUAUAUGCAUGCGUUCUAA